GCUCCACAAACCUUACAUUAUCACCAUUUUCUCGGUAACAGGUCACACAAACACAUGUAAACGACUAUAAAAAGACACAGGAACGAGAUAAGGUGAAGGCAAGGACGGUAACACGCUAGGAAGGAGCACCGGGACUUGAAGGAUGGCAGGCGUGGAGGACGAGACGGAGAUCCUACAGGAAAUCCUCAACUCCAGCGGCCCCGCCAACGAGGAGGAGAUCGUGCACAUUAUCCAGGACGAGGAUGUGGAGGGCGAAGAGGGAGCGGGGAUGCAGGAGAGCGAGGAGGAGGCCAACUCAGAGUUGGUGUUCUGGGUGCCGCCGCUGCUGGCUGUGGGGCGGGAGGUGCAGAGGGUGAAUGUGACACAGGCCGAGCUGCAGAGGAGAGUCUUGCCCCCGGAGUGCCUGAGUCAGACCAUGUUGCUGUCACUGCUUCGGCUUAGCAAGGAGAAGGGGCGGGAGCUACGGCAGACCCUCGCACGGAACGGCAUCAAGAAACUCACCUCCAAGUCGGCUGUCAUCUCCUCCUUCACCCGACUGACUGAGACCGAGGCAGCCCAGUUAGCGGAGGAUUAUUUCUACCUGGCGUCGCGUAACCUCAAGCUCAAGGAAAUUAGCCAAGAGAUCGUGGGUGCGCGGGGCGGCUGGGAGAGGUUCGAGGAGCAGGCCAAUAUGAUGAAGGAUGUCCUGGAGCACAUAGUGAGGGAGGUGGAGGUGCGCGACACCCCACUCACCCUGAUGACGCAUGGCUUCUCCCCACUCAUCCUGCGUGCCGUGGUGGACAUCAUCACGGAAAUCAUCACCUACAGGGAGCCGCCCCUACACUCUCCUAACACAACUUUGACAUGAUUAUAUGCUGUCUUUAUUCUUGUAAAUAUAAAUUUUCUGUUGAAUUCUCAAAGUCAAAGUUCAGGGUUCAACUUUUACAUAGAUACCAUAUUUUCCGGCAGUAAAGAUUCAUAUUUUCCAAAAUAAGUCUAAAAAUAUUAGCAUGUGUCUUGGACGGUGAAUGGUGCAUUACCUGCAUGCAUACAGUACGACCAAUAGACUCUACUCGCCCUGGCAGCCUUGUGUGACAAUUGGGACACUCAGCAGCACCCAGUGCUAUUGUUUUGGUGUUGGUCUUGGUCUUGGCGUGGGAGUUGCUGGCUCCAGGAUGUCAUUUGUGUUGCCGUUUGUAUGGUUUGUCAUGUCUGUGUGGUAAUAAAAAAGUUCUAGUAAAACCA